AUGCAACAACCAACUAUUUUAAGAAUUGCCAUCGUUGGAUCUGGUGGGGUUGGCAAGAGUUCUCUAACUCUCCAGUUUGUGUAUAGUGAGUUUCUUCAGGACUAUGAACCAACAAAAGCCAAUUCGUACAGGAGAAAAAUGACGUUGGAUGGGGUGCCACUACAAUUUGAUAUUCUAGAUACUGCAGGUCAGGAAGAUUAUAGAGGGAUUCGAGAUUAUUUUUUUAAAAUUAGUGAAGGUUUUAUAUUAGUGUUUGCUAUUGACGAUAGCGAAUCCGUUAACUCUUUGGCAACAUUUCGUGAGCAUAUUCUUCGUAUUAAGCAAUCUGACCAAGUACCAAUGUUAAUUGUGGCUAAUAAAUGUGAUCUAAAAGGUUGUGUUCGAAAUAAUUAUAUCAGUCAAGGCAAGCAGUAUGCAGAUGAUUGGCAUCUUGACUUUAUCGAAACUUCAGCAAAAACAUACAGUGAUGCUGAAAGGGUAUUUCUUGAAAUUGGUAAAAAAAUUCGUGAAUCACAUAUGGCCAAUCAGCAUAAACCUGUACAUCUUGAUGAACAUUCUCAGAUUCGUGCUCCAUGA